AAUAAUUAGUGACUGCAUUUAAUGCAAGGUUUGUUCACACAAAUUUAAUAUUAGUAAUUGUGUUGUGAAAGAUAAAAUUCUUCUUCUUCCUCCUUUUACUAAUUUAUUGUUAGUUACCCUACGGUCGGUCGAUUUGACUUUUAAUAAUUUGUUUGGAAAGUAACAAUACAAUUUCGAUUUUUUGUGAUUUUUGAAAGCUGCUUCCUAUUUUUAUAGUAUUUUACCAAAAUAAAUCCAAUCUUAAAAUUGUGAAAAAUGCCUUUGACAGCCCUCGAACGUUUCACUCGUGCCUCAGACGCCGUUAUAAAAUUUGAGGCAAACUUUAAUAAUAUACGCGAGGAAGAUCAUCACGUGUACUACUUCGAAGUUUUGGAAAGUGAAUUGAAGAUGUGUUGGGAAAAGGUGAAAAUUACUUUCGAUAAGUGUUUAGACGAUCUUGAAUCUUCUGAAGACGCUGAGCCAGAAGAUAUUCAAGUGGCUGAAAGUAAAUUCCAGAGUACCCUUAAUGUUUAUGCGCGAUGUUCAAAGUCGAUAAAAAUUAAGAUUGAUGAAUUGGAAGCAAAGACUAAGCCUAAAGUUUCCCAUCAUCCAAACAAUGAUUCAAAUUUUGAUAAUGUUAGUCAUAAUCUACCUCUUCCGCCAUGUGAUACGGACAUCUUCAACGGCGAUUAUCUCUCAUGGCCUACAUUUAGGGAUCUUUUCACUGCUUUAUAUAUUAAUAACAGUCGGCUGAGUAAUAUCGAACGACUAUGUUAUUUAGUGAAAAGAACAGAUAACGAAGCGAGAGAAAUUGUAUCUAAAUGUCCGUUGACUAAUGCUGGGUUUGAUAUAGCGUGGAAAAGUUUAAAAGAUACAUACGAAAAUCCUCGAAUGCUAGUUAAUAAUCAAUUCCCACUCAAAAUUGGGAUCCAAUUAUCGUUUUUAUUUGCAUACAAAGACUGCCCUCUCAGACAGUGACACUAUGGGAACAAAGUGUUAAGGACAAAACUGCCUUAUCUUUAUGGAAAGAUUUGGACAUGUUUUUGACCGAAAGAAUCCAAACGUUAGAUUGCAUACGCGAUCUUAAGAGUUCCAAUACUGAUA